UCUGUUCAUACUUAGAAGUCGCGUUGACUCGGAUCCCCUGUCAAGCUCAAGCUCUAUUUUGUUUCCAAGAAACAUCUGCGUAUCAUAAAAUCCAUCCAUCUCCUUUUCUUGUUUAUUUUUAUGUCGAUUUCAGAUUAAGCCAUAAGAAAUGGCUUUUUUGAAAGAUCCCGAUAUUUCCCAAUCCAUCUCCACACUAGCUAAUCUGGCAAUAUCUGUAGCACAAACCACGGCUAAUUUCAAGCCAGAACUGAAGCUACUCGUUGUCACCUUAGAGAGGAUUGCACCGAUCAUUCAGGAUACAAUUAAUAUGAAUCAGAAACUAGAUCGUCCAGAGGCAGAGUGGAAGAUGCUAAGAGAUGAAAUGCAAAGAGCGAUAAAACUUGUUAAGAAAUGUUCCAAAGUAAAGUGGAAUAUCAUCAAGAAGUCAGCCUACCGACAGAAGUUAAAAGAUAUCAACGGUAACUUCCUACGAUUCUUUGAAUUCGAAGUUCAAGCUUUGCAGAGUCGGAACAUUAGGGAGACGCUUUUAGAGGUAAACAAUGUAAAGCUGAAAAUGGACAGUUUACCUUCGGAUUUAACGAAAGAUACCCGACUGAGAACAGGUGAGGUCGGUAAUCGCAGUGGUUCUCUGUCGUCUUCAUUCAUAACAGAACAAUCGAGAUGUGAAAACAUGGAAAGAGAAAAGUAUGGUUGGCGGGUUCCAGCACUUCCGAGUGGAAUUGUGCCAUUUGACGAGCUGUUGGAGAAGCUGAAGGCGGAGGUUGUUGCAGGUAUCGAUGGUGGUGGUGAUGGUAGUUCAAUGGAUUAUGAGUAUCUGUCGGUACUGGUUGUUGCCGCUCCUGGCGGGUGUGGAAAGACGACUUUGGUGAAAAUGCUAUGCCACGAUCCUGGAAUUGAAGAAAAAUUUGGGGAGAAUAUUUUCUUUGUGACAGUUUCAGAAACACCCAAUAUGAUGGUAAUCGUCAAUGAUCUCUUUAAUCCAAAUUCCUCUGGUCCUCAAUUUCUGUUUCAAAGCAAUGAAGAUGCAAAAAUCCAAAUGGAGAGCUUUUUGGAUGAGAAAGUAUCAGGUCCUAUGCUUCUAGUAUUAGAUGACGUGUGGUCUGAUUCCUUCAUUGAUAACUUUCGAUCCAAGAAUCGAGGAUGCAAGAUUGUGGUCACAUCUAGGACUGCCUUUCCGAACUAUGAUGUUUUCCAAUUGGACCCUUUAAACGAGAAAGAUGCCAACACUCUCUUUUGCCACUCAGCAUUUAGUGAAAGCGAAUGGAGACCCAGUCCAACUAUUAAUGAUGAGCUAGUGAAUCAGAUGGUAACAUGUUGCAAGAAACAUCCGCUCACCCUUUCUGUGGUUGGCAGAUCCUUAAAUGGGAAGGAUGAGUCAGUCUGGGAAUCCAUGCUAAAAUCUUUGUCUCAAGAAAGGUUGGUUCUAGAUUUACACAAGGAUGUACUUAUGGGUCUAGAAAGAAGCUUUGAGGCCUUGGAUGACGAAUUCAAAGAAUGUUUCUUGGAUUUGGGGAUAUUCCCUGAAGAUGAAAGGAUCCCAAUUAGCUCCCUAUUGAACAUGUGGGUGGAGUUGUACAACCAUGAUGAUGAUGGUGUGGACACCCUCGCCAAGAUUUUUGAUCUUAACCACAGAGAUCUUGUCAAUCUUAUGGCCACAGGUUUUGGGAAUGAUUUAGGAGCAACGGUUACCUUUUGUGACCAACAAUUCGUGACACAACAUGAUCUACUGAGGGAGCUUGCUAUUCACUUGAAUAGCAAACUACCUUUACCACAAAGGAGUAGAUUGAUUAUAAAUGCACGAGGAGAAGACCUACCCGUACCCGCAUCAAUUGAACAAUUGCAAGAACCUAUGCAAGCCCGGAUGUUGUCUAUUUCCACAGGAGAGUCAUUUUCCUCACAAUGGUGGAACAUGAAAGUCCCACAUGUUGAAGUUCUCGUCUUGAACUUCAUGUCAAAUACAUACACUUUACCCCGUUUCUUGGCUGGAAUGCCAAAGUUAAAGAUUCUAAAUCUCUCAAACCAUGGUUUAUACCCUACAGAAAUCGAGAAUUUUCACCUUCUCAGCUGUUCAUACAAUUUAACAAGGAUUAGGCUUGAACGUGUUGCAAUAAGUAGCUCCAUUUUACCACUCCUAAACUUGCAGAAAGCUUCAUUUAUAAUGUGUAAAAUCGGCAAUGCUUUUGAGAAAGUCAGCACGAAUACCUUGCCAGGAUUACUGGAGCUAGAGAUCGAUUCUUGCCAAGAUCUGGUCGAAUUCCCGGGGACAUUAUGUACAACUGUGCGCCUCAAGAAGCUGAGCAUCACAAACUGCAUCCAGAUGAGUGGAUUUCCAGAAGAAUUUGGCAACUUGACGAAUUUGGAAACACUGAGUCUUGGUUCUUGUAUGAAACUGGAAAAGUUGCCAGAAUCGAUCUCGGGGCUUCAGAAGCUAAGGAUUCUCGACAUUUCAGAUUGCUUAAAGUUGAGCAAGUUGCCAGAUGAAAUAGGAAAGCUAGGUGGUCUACGAGUGAUUUACAUGACAGGUUGUACAGGACUUCCUCCUGAUCAGCUGCCACCAUCUGUAAAAGAUCUAUCUCAUACACAUGUGGUAUGCAAUGAACAAAUCUCUUAUCAAUGGCGGGAGUUUCGUAACUUGGAGAUACAUCUGGUGGAAGAAGAUUAACAUAAUCUUGAUUUUUUGAAGCCCUGAAAAUCAUAUAUAUGAUAAUCAUCAUUGGUCUUCAUCUCAAUUAAGUUCCCCUUGUUGCUGCAGCUGUUUAGUUGACUGUAUCCUUCAAAACUGACCUAAUAACAUUUGCAACUUAUGCCACCUCUAAUCUUGAUGAUUUUCUUUUUCGUUGUGUUUAAGAGUAGUUGUCUUGUAAACGAACCAAAACAAACCAUUUGGUUUCUCCAACCUGUCAAAGUUGAGGUUAAGUUGAAAGCAUUGUAUACGCAAUUAAAGUUCUAGAGUCCUUGUACUCCAAGAUAAAACAUAAAUAUAAAGAAAUAGUUUUCUUUGACGAUUUUUUGGAUGGA